AUGGUCCGUUCUCAAGCCAUGUUAAGCGCCAUGAUUUUGAAAAGCCGAGUUUCAAGGCAGUCUCUCUCUCUCUCUCUCUCUCUCUCUCUCUCUCUCUAUCUAUCUAUCUAUCUAUCUAUCUCUCAUGAACGAAAUACAUACCUUUCAGUCUAUCUAUCUAUUUAUCUAUCUACCACAUUCGGCGUUCAUCUAUUUAACUGCGCCCACACAAUCAUUCAACAAAUUGGCCUGAGAGACUGCUUACUAACCACAUUUCUCUUUCCUCGACCCCCUCCCUCCCCCUCUCUCUCUCUCCUUCUCUCUCAUUGGAUUAGGUUUCUCACGCAUGCGCUGUUUCUAGCAUUUUCUCUCUUUCCUCUUCCGGUCACAGACACACGGGAUCUAAUUGAUUUCAGCAGAAUUCCAUUUCUCUCAGUCUGUGUCCAUUCGCCUCCGGGAGUUUCUUUAAUGUCCAGCUGUUACUGA